AUGGCUGAUAGGUGUGCAGGAUGCACGAACAAGUUCAAGUUUCGCGAGAAGCCGGCCGUUUGCGCUAAGUGCGGCCGCAACUUCUGCACGUUGUGCAUCCCCAAGAGCAAGCACAAGAAGAAUGCUCAAGCUGUCAGAGAGACGUGCAUCUACUGCACACGUAAGGUGCAGGAGGCGAUGAGGCAGCAAGAGGCCGGAGUCAUGGAAAACUUCCCGGACAGGUUCUACCACUCGCCCCACGUCCAGGCACCCGUAGUCACCAAACUUCGACUCAACGAAGAGAAGUUGCCAUCGGCAGGGGGCCUGGGCGGUGGUGUCGGGGGCCCUCACUCGGGACCUGUCCUGACGGAGGAGGACAGGAAGCUGGAGGAGAGACUGCGGAGACUGAAGGAGUCCCACAGACCCACAAAGACUGGAGACUCUGAAGCAGCCCUCCAGGAGAGACUGGCAAAACUUCGAGAUGAGGGGAAGAGCCAGGGACCCCCCUCAUCAACUGGUAAUCAAUCUAGCGGUCCAAAAACCGAGUCAGAACAAGCAGACAAUCUUGUAGAUGAGGUGUCAGACAGGGUUGGGCUGGACAGGAAAGUGGACCCCAACAACUAUCCUAUGGAGGACAGCAUUACUACACUAUUGGGUGGGAUGGACAUACAAGUAGAGGAUGCUGAUCCAAACAAGUUGUUUGAAGAGUUCAGAGCCUUUCAGUCGCGACAGGAGCAGUCGGCAAUGGCCGACGCCACUUCAAAAGACGUCCAGGAUAUUGUCGUAAAGGCCAAGGAACUUCAACGAGACGAACAAGAGGAAACGGGAGAGAAAAGUACAGCUGCUGGUGAAGGAUUUAUUACUCCCUACCCACAGCUCCCACCGGUGAUUACUGUGGAGUCCCACGGUGAGCAGAAGGAGAAGGAAAUCAGUGUGUCCGAGAUCACCCAAGUACUGGCAGCGGCGCAGAGAGAAAUGGAGCAAGAUGAGAACAAGCAAAAGGAGAUAGAUCAGUUUGUGUCGGCAGCCUCGAAACAGCUGGCCGAGCUACGUAGCACUGAGAAGACCGAGGGUGAUUCUGAGGUGCGCAGCAAGCCGGAACCGGCACGACACGGACGUCACGCUCACCUGGACUUUUCCUGGGGCCAUUUUGGCAGUGGAGGGGCCCAUCUUGAGGGGUCCACAGAGAGUGGAGUGGGUGGGGAUACGGCAGCUCGUCAGCUGGGUAUCACCCUCAGUAGCGAGGUCAUCCUGGACGAAACGACAGGGACCGACUCGGGGGACGAGGUGAGUGGGCUCCUCAAGCAGACCUUGGCCGAGGCGGCUCUCGAUCGCAGGCUGGAGGAGAAAGGUCUCGAUCGCUACUUGAAACCCAGCAGUGGAGCUGAGUCAAGGAACAGUAAAGGAGGAGCUGUAGCUGGAGGCUCGGGUGAAGAUGCGUGUGCUGCCACCAACUAUCGCUCGGGGUGGGGAGGAGUUGACCCCGAUGACCUUCCGUGGUGCUGCAUCUGCAAUGCCGACGCUCACAUUCGCUGCUACGACUGCGACAACGACUUGUACUGCACGCAGUGUUUUUCAGAGGGACACGAACAGUUUGGACUGUUUGACCAUAAGCACAUCCGUGAGCACAUGAAGGACUACAUGGACCAGCCGGAUGAGCUGAAGUUGGACGACCAGGAGGCCAUGGAGUUCCACUACUUCAAGCUCCACGACUAUGACAACAACAACAAGCUGGACGGGCUGGAGCUGGGGGCUGCCAUGACGCACUAUGAGGACCACAGGGAGGGAGCGGAACAUGGGAAGACACAAAGUAUUGAACUCACCGAUGAUGAGCUGAAGAACCUGAUUGACUCCAUUCUCAAAGACGAUGAUCUCAACAAUGACGGCUACAUCGACUACUAUGAGUUCACUCAGGCCCAACGGAGGCACCAGGGAGACAACAACUCCGUCUAAUGAACCCCAGACCCCUCCAUUACUAUAGCAAUCAAGACCAUUCUUCUCAUGUUAAGAUGCUAGUUUUCUGCUUUUCAUCUUGUAAUCACAAUAUCAAGUUAAAACGUCUAUAUACCAUAAUCACAAAACCCGGUAUAAAAUGUGCACAUAAAAUGAUAAACGUAAACUCUGCAUGCCUACAUGGUAUAAAUAGCUAUCGAGGCUACAACACUAGUGACUCUGAGUUGUGUUCUGUUCUCGGCUGGCUCUCCUCCGCUAGUACUCCUGGAGACGAGGCGAGUGUUGAAGCAGCGCACAACUUGAAAUCGAUGACGAGUUGCGACAGGAGACGCGGUGAGAGUGUCACAACCAACUCGGACAACCUCUGCUCAAGAACUUUGACCUGGCACCCCGGGACACGGUAGACAUCGAUCACGUCUCCCAGUCGAUGGUACUCGGAGUAGUUGAGGCAGACUACAAGUUUUCUAAUGUCUACCGAUGUCUCCCCAGUCCGGGCAGUGUAGGAGGCCAAGUCUAUGGGGUAUGCCUCACAGGCACAGGCAGGAGAUGCGUCACUUCCACCGCUGUCGCCCUCCUGUACUGAGUUAGAGUCUUGCUUCUGUGGUCCCUCCGGUGGUUUAGUCUUCACUUCUUCCCCGUCUGUUGUGUCCAUGCUAUCCUUGGUUUUUCCGUCGCUGUGACUGUUGCACGAAGAACUGCUAGCAUUGGAGUUACCCUCAAAACCAGCCAGCCCCAGCUCGUUACCUCCAUUGCAUCCAGCUCUCUCCCCCUCCCUCUUGUCUCUCUCCGCCUCUUUCUUCCUCUGGAUGUAGGCUUCUUGGCUUCUCUUUACUCCCUCCUCUCCCUCCACCCACUCCCCUGCAAUGGUUGGGCAGUAAAAGUGCCCCGGUCCAUAGUUUGACUUGUACGCCAGCUUCUUGUUGAGGCUGUUCCAUCCCUGAAGGUAGUAGUUGUGCAUCUCUGGAUUUCGCUCGUGGUACUUGCACACAAACUCUAUCUCCUUUAGAGCAGAGUACACGCCAAACGAGUACUUUGAAACUGCCUUGGAGAUGUCGUACCACAUGUAAAUGCUCACGAUCCCCUUGGGCACCACGUCAAUGAUCCCGAUUGCGACCAGCUUCCCAUCGAGGCGGUAGAGCUGGUGAAACGUGCCGUAUUCAACUCCGUCUACUGUCUGAUGCUGGACGGGAGAAUUGACUACGUGCUCUGCAUAGGAGAACAUUGAUUUGAGCGGUUUCUCGUGUUUCUCGAUGUGGUAGGUGUUGUACAGGUCAAAGGCGUCGCGGUUGAAAUGCGUAGGCAGAGUUUCGAUUGUGAGUCGGUCCUUGGGCAUGCGUUUCAGGACACGAGUGUAGCUCUUGUGCGAGCGUCGGUCGAACUGGAGUACAUUCACCCGCGUUUCCCAGUCCACAUGGUGCACGUUGUGGUUGCAGCGCAGGCGAAACAGCUUCACUCCUCCUCUCCGGUACCAGCCAGCGUCAAUGAGGUCCUGGUACUGAUGCGGCGUGAGGCUAUGCGGACGGACGACCAACUCUUCAGAGACGCUCUCGCGGUCGCAGUUGCUGCAGAACCCGUGCGUGCUCCCGUAGACGCGACCAACGCGGAACAGCGGCUGGUCGGGGUCGAGUCCAAGAUCUCGCAGUUGCUGCCUGGCAGCUGCGCUGAGGUCGGGGGCCACCGGGUGCUGCGGAGUCAUAAAUUCUUCUUCUAGUGGGAGGAGCACCAUUUGUUCUCCGCCGGUGUUGGUGUCCAUGGCCUCAGACUGCAUCAGAUGGUGUGGCCAGUCAACUUUGAGAGCCGUAGAGGGAGACAGGGGAGGGAUAGAGGUGGGGGGGACUAACGACAGUGCCAUUAUAGUGUAGAGAUACUGUUUUUCGAGAACAUGGUUGCACCACCGGACAAGGUCAGGUGCCUGCACACUGUACUCCUUCUUCUCCAUGGCUUGUUCCAGACACAGCUCCACUUCCAGCUCUCUCAACUGGA